CUGGCCCUCAGUCCUCCAGCCCCCUUUUCCCCACAUGUCUGGAAGCAAGGGGCCAACAUGGAUCUUCCUGUUGUUGACACCAGCUGAACCUGGGAGCCUCCUCUUGGGAGACCAUGGAAAGGAACAGGAGUCCGAAUGCUUCUCCAUCAAGGACACCACCAGCCUGGGCAUCCCCAGCCCGGGCAUCCCCAGCCCGAGCAUCUCCAGCCCGAGCAUCCCCGGCUCGUGCAUCACCUUCCAGAUCAUCAUCUGGCAGGUCAUCAUGCGCCAGGUCAUCCUCCACCAGGUCGGCUUCCACGGUCUCCUCUCCAUCAAGAGUGUACCUUGUCAGAGCAACACCAGUGGCGGCAGUGCCUAUUCAUACAGCUUCUGCCAGUUCUGUGCCAACUACAAGGGCCACCAGGGAGAGCACAGGUAUCAGCUUACCCAAAUUCACUUGGGAGGAGAGCCAGAAGCGGCUGCCACUGAUUGGAUGCAUCCUUCUCCUCAUCGCCUUUGUGGCCUUGCUCAUCAUUCUCUAUGGGGGAGGAGAACCCCAGAGCCCAAGAGGGAUUGCAGUUUAUUUCUGGCGUGGCCACACAGGGAUAAAAUAUAAGGAGCCAGUGGAGAGCUGCCCCAGGCACGCAGUGCGCUGUGAUGGAGUGGUGGACUGCAAACUCAGGAGCGAUGAGCUGGGCUGUGUGAGGUUUGACUGGGACAAGUCUCUGCUUAAAGUUUACUCUGGAUCCUCCCAUCAGUGGCUUCCUGUCUGCAGCCACAAUUGGAACAACUCCUACUCUAAGAAGAUCUGUCAACAGCUGGGCUUUGAGAAUGCCUACAGGACAACUGAGGUGGGCCACCGGGAUUUCACUGACAGCUUCUCAAUCUCCAGCUACAACUCCACCAUCCAGGAAAGCCUCGCCAGAUCUCGUUGCCCUUCCCAGCAGUAUAUUUCUCUUCAGUGUUCCCACUGUGGACUGAGGGCCAUGGCAGGGCGCAUCGUAGGUGGGGCACUGGCCUCAGAGAACAAGUGGCCUUGGCAAGUGAGCCUGCACUAUGGCACAACCCAUAUCUGCGGGGGCACACUGAUCGAUGCCCAGUGGGUGCUCACCGCUGCCCACUGCUUCUUUGUGACUCGAGAGAAGAUCCUGGAGGGUUGGAAGGUGUAUGCGGGCACCAACAACCUACACCAGCUGCCUGAGGCUUCCUCCGUCUCCCAGAUUAUCAUCAAUGGCAACUACAGCGAUGAGCAGGAUGACUACGAUAUUGCCCUCAUGCGCCUUUCCAAGCCCCUGACCCUGUCUGCUCAUAUUCAUCCUGCCUGCCUCCCCAUGCAUGGGCAGACCUUCAGCCUCAAUGAGACCUGCUGGAUCACAGGCUUUGGCAAGACCAAGGAGACAGAUGAGAAGACAUCCCCCUUCCUCCGGGAGGUACAGGUCAACCUCAUUGACUUUAAAAAAUGCAACGACUACCUGGUCUAUGACAGUUACCUUACCCCGAGGAUGAUGUGUGCUGGGGACCUCCGGGGAGGCAGAGACUCUUGCCAGGGAGAUAGUGGGGGCCCCCUGGUUUGUCAACAGAACAACCGCUGGUACCUGACAGGAGUCACCAGCUGGGGCACAGGCUGUGGCCAGAGAAACAAGCCUGGUGUGUACACCAAAGUGACAGAAGUCCUCCCCUGGAUUUACAGAAAGAUGGAGAGUGAGGUGCGGUUCCGGAAAUCCUAAGCAGCUGCCCUGCCCCACCUCACACACUGGCUGUUGGGAAGAUUCUGCCUCAGUGACUAGGCCAAGUGAAACACUCUGAGCCACAGGCCACAAGGCACCUUCAUUAUGCCACCUCUACUCCUGCUACCCCUGUGAAUAUGCACAUGUGUGUUUGUGUUUGGUGUGUGUGUGUACACAUGUGAGUGUGUGCACAUGUACUCGAACACUCUCCCAACAGCUUCAGAAACGAGGAAAUUGUCAGCUUUCCCCCAAACUUCAGACUGGAAAUCACCUGAAGAUAAUAACUUGGGCAACAUGGAUGUUUUUACAUGCAUGUCAUUAAUGGACAGAGGAGGUGGAGCCUAAACAGAGUACCAAGAUGGCCCAGGAAGGUCACAUAGAAUUCUUGCUUCUCCAACCCUGACUUGGAAUGGGCAGUCCAGGUGACCUCACCACUGUCCAGGCAUGGUGCUCAUUCCAUUGGAGUGCUUGAGCCAUAUCUUUAGGAAGAUAUUACCACUGGCAUCUCUCAAACUUCGAACUGGUGCAGUGGUUGCUCGGGCUGACAUAGUGAAGAGGGCUCAGUCCUCUUACUGUUGGGGGCAAAAUUUAAUUUAAUUUAUUUUUAUAUUUAACAAGUAGAAGUAGAUGUAGUUUUAAAGAUUCUCAAAAAGUCCAGGGGCCUGAAUAGCUAGCAGCAACCAUUCCAAGAACUCACAGGGAUUCAGGCGUAUAUACUGUUGUAAAGUCCUGUGAAAAGUUCCUGGCCUCUGGAGACCAGAUGAAGGAGAUACUCAGGGAAGUGAAUUUUCAUGUGGGCCAGCAGGCAAAUCCAACACAAAGAGAGUCACAAACUCACUGUAUCCAAAGACUGCGGCUAGGAUGGGAAGUAAUACAUGCUGCUGUUUCCAGGUGGAUAGAAUCUUUUGGACCUGGGGCUGUCCUGGGACUCUGGAGUUUCUUCACAGCUCUCUUAGUCUAGAAAGAGAGGACAACCAUGAAGAAAAAUUUAACACUGUCCCCAGUUUCUCCAAAUAACCCUCUGAAGGAUCCAAGAUGUCUUGCUCCUAUAAGCCAUGUGUGGGCCUGGCUAAGGCCUAGUCUUGCCCAACAUUGCUUCUGGGGCAUCUGUUCCUCCCCUAGUCUUGUUCUGCUCACUUUCUCUGGGCCCCUGUGGUGGUGCAGUGAGGCAGCAUCCAUGCGGAUCAGCCCAGCCAGAAAGGCAGGCAGCCUCGAUGGGGAGAGAAUGCUCUGGAAUAGCUGGCUGGAGUUGUCUGGCAUGACUACAUGGAGCCUGAUGGUGCAGAUCAUGCUGGAAGAUGUUAUCAAGGCCAAGGCCUGAAGUGAGAACAGCAUCCUCCACAGCACCUCCCUGCCAAUGGUUUUCAACAAUAAAACUCAUAUAUAACCUUUGAA